AUGCAGGCGCGGGCGCCGGCAGGCGGCCGCCGGGGCGCGCGGGAGCGGGAGGCGGGGGGCGCGCCGGGGCCGCCCCGCUGGGCGCUGACCGAGAAGGAGCUGGAGGCCAUGAGCCCCGCGCAGCGCCGCCGCCACCUGCUCUUCGGCGACCUGCUGGAGGACGUGUCCGGCGCGGACAGCUCCGUGUUCCCGCGCGACUCCAUGGAGCUGGGCUACCGCGUGGCCGACCCGCGCUCCUGGACGCAGCCCCUGGAGCUGCUCGCCCAGCGCCAGGACCGGCUCCUCGGGGUGCUCAAGGCGGCCGAGGCGCGCGGCAGGGUCCGCGCCCUGCGUCUGCGCCACGCGCGCCUGCGGGCCGAGGAGAUCGCGCUGCUCGUCCAGCGGCAGAAGACGGCGCUGGCCGCCAUCCGGCUGGAGCUGUUCCUGCCGCCGCGGCUGAAGCCCACGCGUAUCCCCGACCCCCUGAACCGGCAGGAGCGGCGGCGCGUGGAGGCCAUCCUGCAGGAGCCGCUGGACUGAGCGCCCCGCGCGCCCACAUAAACGUCUUUUGCUCCAAGCGCGCCUGGUCUUUCCGCGCGAGGCAGCCA